AUCUCCCCUCAUCUGCUCCUUUUAAGCCGGCACUUUUGAGAGGGAGGUCCCUGCGACGCAGACAUACAAACACUCAGUCGAGCAUCCACACUCCACCCUGCACGCUGCACUCCUAGCCAGCAGAGAGCUCACCUAUUGCUUCACAGAACAGGAAGUUGAACCGACCUGACAUCGAGAUGGCAACAAAGGGAGUCGGCAUGGCUAACAAAGGUCCCGCCUUCGGUAUGAGCCGGCAUGUUCAGGAUAAGAUCGACAGCAAGUACGACCCCGAGCUGGAGCUGAUCCUGGUGGAGUGGAUCAGCCGUCAGUGUGGCGCCGGUGUGGGAAAGCCAGACGCGGGCAAAUUGGGCUUCCAGGCCUGGCUGAAAGACGGAUGUGUCCUCAGCGAACUGAUCAACAGUCUGUUCACCGGAGACAAACCCGUGAAGAAGAUCCAGAGCUCCACCGCAGCCUUCAAACAGAUGGAGCAGAUCUCCCAGUUCCUCAACGCUUCGGAGAAGUACGGCGUCACCAAGACCGACAUGUUCCAGACCGUGGACCUUUGGGAAGGUAAGGACCUGGCGGCGGUGCAGAGGACUCUGUCAGCUCUGGGAAGCUUGGCCUUCACCAAGGACGAAGGCACAUACAAAGGAGACCCCAACUGGUUCUUCAAGAAAUCCCAGGAGAACAAGCGGGACUUUAGCGACGACCAGCUGAAGGCGGGGAAAAAUGUGAUCGGUCUACAGAUGGGGUCAAAUAAGGGAGCCUCCCAGGAGGGCAUGAGCUACGGAAGGUCCCGACAGAUCCUGUAAAAAAUGAACCACUGAGCCACAGAUACCCCUCCACUUCCCCCGGUCUCGACACGUGUCCCAGAGCCCCUUAUGUUUACGCUUGCACUGGUGAUCGUCACCAUGCUUUGUCCUCCCCACUGCAGAAAAAGGACCAGUACAAUCUUUGUAGUCUUAAGCGGAAAGAAAGUAACCGAAUGACCAAUGCCUUGGAGGUAAAAACAGGAUGACAAUGUGCCACAACUGACCAUCUCAUCUCUGAUACUUAAUUUAAAAAAAUGUUUGAAUUAUGGAAUUUGUUUCUUAGAUUUUAGUGAAAUUUGAAAUUUUGAUCUGUGUCCACGUAACUUGCAGAAGAAUAUUUUUUCCAGACUAUUACAUCCCCACAUUUACAAUAUUGUUCCCUGUUAGUUUUUCUCACAUCCCACAAUGCUACGCCUGCUGUAUCAGCGCUGAUAUUUUUGUACAUUGUCUUAUUAAAUAAUGACUUUGAAAUACA